UUCAAUUCGACCAGCAUCCAAAUUGUAUCAACAAAAUUUAAAAUUUUUUUUAUUAAAAUCAAAACAAACUUAUUUCAAUUUUAAGUCAUAAUGUGUUCUCCCUGCGGACCGUGUAGCCCAUGUGAUCCUUGCUGUGGACCUUUUGAGUGCUCUCCAAAGUGUUAUAAUGCUGCUCAAUUGGAGGCGUUACCGCAAUGUGCGCCCCGCAUACCGCCGCCAUUUCCGAAGUGCAUUACUGUGCAGCAGCCGCCGAGGCUAAUAUGUAAAAAGCGUGUAGUUUUUACGGAGAAAAUUGUGCCUGAGCCAAUGGUGGUAAAUCGGUGUCGUCAAAUCACUGUCCCGAAAGUGGUAGAUGCGACUCGGGUAAUUAAGGUUCCAAAACUCAUUUGGGUAUCUCAAAUGGUUCGCGAGCCUCGCGUUAUAUAUUAUCCGUCUAUGAUACCUGAUCCCUAUGUAGUCUGUUAUCCGAAACGAGUUUGCGAACCCAGGGAAGUCUGUCAGUCAAUAUUGUGCCAACCAAAACCACAAACAAUCGAUAUACCACCUCCUCGGGAAUAUUGUUGCUACCCGAACGGACCAAUUAACUACAAACCAAGUGCCGCGUGUCCGCCAUGCCCAAUUGGACCGUGUGCUCCUGGGGGCGCCUGUUGCCCACUUCCUUGUUUCUCUACGAAUCAAUAUCCAGUAUGCGAGACUCGUUGUGGGCCGUGUGGCCCAUGUGGACCGGGUCGAUGUGGACCCUGUGGACCUGGGCGAUGUGGACCCUGUGGUGGACCAUGUGGUGGCCCAUGUGGACCCUGUGGAGGAACUUGCGCUGUACCUAAUUGUGGGCCAUGUGGGUUGACAAUGCCUUCAGGUCCUUUUAUACCCGCACCUUGUGGUCCGUGUGGAACAGGUUGUGGGCCUUUGGGAAAUGGGCCUUGCGGUCCUUGCGGCCCGUGUGGGCCUUGUUCACCACCGUGCCCCUACGAAUCACCAGAGUGUGGGCCCUGCUAUCCUUGUGCGCCGACGCCAUGGAACACACAUUGUGGGCCAGUUGGGCCAUGCGGUCCUCAAGUUCCCUGUGGUCCUUGUGGUCCUUGUUAAAUUUCAAAUUUAAAUGGAAAUACUAAAUUGAUAUUGUUGGCCCGUAAAUAAAACUUCUGCAUGAA